AGAGAGAGAGAGAGAGAGAGAGAGAGAGAGAGAGAGAGAGAGAGAAGGCGUGCAGGUGCGGUGUGUAUUUUAAACUAACUAGCAUAAAAUUCCACUGGGGCUGAUGAAAAGUUUAGUUUUUACUAAUAACUUACAGAAGAGCGCGAGGUGCUGCGUGCGCGCGUGCACACCGCCUGCAUCUGGCUGUGAUUGACUGCCAGCAAACAAGAUCCAGCGAAAGGCAUUGACAACCAAUAAGGAAGCGGAGUGCGGCUUGUUUCCAUGGGAGGCCCCUGGAGGCGAUGCCAAGCCGCUAGGAAGCAACACCGAGCGGGAAGAAGCGCAGGCUGCAGCCGGGGCUCUGUGAGCGUCCUGCAGCAGCUCUGAGCGCACAGGGGAACCGGUUGGAAGACGUGAGAUUUGAACAGGAAACGGGACAGGGAGGAAACAUGGAUGGACAUCACGACCAGCGAGUGCCUUACUGCAACUCCAAAAACCUGCAAAUAAACACUGCAAGCUACAAGAGCCCAACAAGUGACAGAAAAAGAAAAUUCAUUAAGUCUGACCUGGCCUUGGACACUGAAGAGCUCUUCCAGGACCUCAGUCAGCUGCAGGAAACUUGGCUGGCAGAAGCUCAAGUUCCCGACAAUGACGAGCAGUUUGUCCCAGACUUCCAGACAGAAAACUUGGCGUUCCACGGACUGCAGCUGAAGAUCAAGAGGGAGCUGCACAGUCCGUGUUCAGAGCUGAGCUCCAACUGCAGCCAGGAGCGGCCCUUCAAACUCCAGUAUGGAGAGAAGUGUCCGUACAGCAUCAGUGCCUAUGAGCAGAAGCAGCCUGCAGGAAUGAAGCCCUCCAGCCCAGUGACUCCCCCCUGUAGUACCCCCGUGUCCCCCCUUCACCAUGGCUCCCCCACGGUCGCCCCGACACCCAAACCGGACCGGACGUAUGCCCACAUACCGCCGCCCUCGCAGCCCCUCCCCGACGACGCCUACUCUCUGGACCACAGAUUUCGACGUCAGCUCUCAGAGCCGUGCCACUCGUUUCCCUCCCCGCCGACGAUGGCUCGGGACAGCCGGCCCAUUUACCACCGGCAGAUGUCAGAGCCCAACAUCCCCUUUCCUCCUCAAGGCUUCAAGCAGGAGUAUCCUGACCCUCUCUUUGAACAUCCGGCCAUGAUGGGAGCGCCGCUUCCCCACGGAUUCCCCGUCGGCAUGAUGAUCAAGCAGGAGCCGAGGGACUUCACCUACGACUCAGCAGAAGUGCCUAGCUGCCAUUCCGUCUACUUACGACAAGAUGGCUAUCUGGCUCACGCUAACAGGACUGAAGGUUGUAUGUUUGACAAAGUGGCGAGGCAUUUCUACGAUGAUACCUGCGUGGUGCCUGAAAAGGUCGAAGGUGACAUCAAGCAGGAGGCUGGUUUGUACCGUGAAGGUCCGUCAUACCAGCGCAGAGGCUCGCUGCAGCUAUGGCAGUUCCUCGUGGCUCUGCUGGAUGACCCGUCCAAUUCCCAUUUUAUAGCCUGGACUGGCCGCGGCAUGGAGUUCAAACUCAUCGAGCCAGAAGAGGUGGCGCGUCGAUGGGGGAUACAGAAGAACCGGCCAGCGAUGAACUAUGACAAGCUGAGCAGGUCGCUGCGCUACUACUACGAGAAGGGAAUCAUGCAAAAGGUGGCGGGUGAGAGAUACGUUUACAAGUUUGUGUGCGACCCCGAGGCUUUGUUCUCCAUGGCAUUCCCCGACAAUCAGCGGCCGGUGCUGAAGACGGACGUGGAGCGUCAGAUUAAUGAGGAGGACACGGUGCCGCUGUCACACUUUGACGAAAACAUGGCCUAUGUACAGGAGGGGCCCUACUGCCAACCGCAUCCCUACAGCGAAGGCUAUGUUUAUUAACGGCAGCUCCACCAACACACACCCCCGAAUACCCGUCUCCACUCGAGCGUGAUGUCCAGCCUCCUUCAUACACCCGAGACUGUCAUGUCCUCUGAUUCACAGUCGCUCUGGGAUAAAGACUGAAAACACACAAACACGGUGGCACUUCCCUUCCUCGUAACUCAACAUAAACACACACACACACACAUAUUCUGUAUUCUGCUCUUGUCUUUCUGACGUCCAGAGAGUUGCACUUUACGGACAGGAACACGGUGGAAACCUACCAGGGUCAGAGUGGUUGGCGUUUUACUAUUCUUUAUGUUUCUACUGUGGAAAUCUGUUUUUUUUUUUUUUUUUGUUUUUUGUUUUUUCUUUUAUUAUUUGUCUCAUUUGGAGCAUGCGCCACCCCAAUGAGACAGGACUCAUUAGCUAAUUUAUGGCCAAUAAAAAGCCAAAUUCCUCAAACUUUGACCUCUUGCAAAAGAAAGCAUCUCAUCCACCCACCUGGAGCCAAUCCACAGAGGAAUCUUAGCUUUCCCAUCACACAGACAUCCAAUACUGAAAGCGUAAAAUCGCUUUCACGGUUAAGAUUACCAACGUGUCAUGUGACGUAGCCUCACCUCCACGCUGAGCAUCGGUUCAUCAGUGCUCUCCGACCCUCACACAAUCAAACUGUAGAUCUCAACCUGUUGGUGUUUUUCUCUUUAACAACACAGACUCCACCGGAUCGUUCUCUCAUCUGCUAAAAAAUGACCCGUGGGUCGGUAAAGAGGCAACUUUGAUUCACGAGGAUGCUCUGGGAUGUUCGGAGGAGACCCAGACUUUAUCCCAAAUCACACGUUUGAUCAGGAGCAUCGUGGAAGCUUCAGGUUGAAAAACACUCCGGCAGCAGAAAUUCAUUUGUGUUCAGUUUUUUAUACAACAAAUAAGAGGAAUGUUUAUUGUACAGCUGAAACGGAUCAAGUCAGGAAACCAUCUGCAUUCCUAAAACAGAAAACAAGAUGAAAACCAAUUGAUUUCACUAGCAUAAAUAAUAAAAGUCAAGAAAAACUACACGUCUAUAUUUUUUGUGAACUUUUUUCUGUUCAGUUCCUGGUGAACAUGAAGUGUAAAUUUUGUUUUGUUUUGUUUUUUUGUUUGCUUGUUUUUUACUGUCGCUUUUGCCAUUAAUAUGUUGGUUUUUGGUCAAACAAAAAGAGGAAUUAUUUAAAGUUUUAUAAUGUGGUGAGUUAAAAUAAAUUGUUAUGUACCAUGGCAUAAUCAGGUAAAUGCACAUUUUGUUGCUGCUUCAGUCUGUAAGUGUAUUUUCUUUUUGAGUCUGGGGAAAAAUCCAAAAAAAAAAAAUGAAA